GACAACAUGACACAUAGCCUAAGAAUGCUUUGGGCUGUUAAGAGCAGGGACAAAGUGACGCACAGUCUUACUGGUGGAGUGGAUUUGGCCUCUCGUCGUACUAACUGUUGUUCCAAUUCCCUUCCCAAGACAAAAUGCAGCUUGGCCGGCCCCACGCUUGUUUAAAGGAGAGCGACGUUCCUGGGAUUAGUUACAUUCACCUUUCAUCGGUAUGAGCUGUGAGGAGAAGCCCGCCUCGCUGUGCAGCUCGCGGCCUAGCCCAGGAAUUCAGGGCUGGGAAAAUUGAGCCUAGUCAUCCCACCUGGCGACCACAGCGGAUCUGGGACCCGGGCUCCAGCCGCACCUGCAGCAGCUGACCACGUGACGGGCGCAGUUCCAUGGAUCAAACGCAGAGAGGAAUCCUGGGCCAGCCCCUGCCGGUCCCCACCACCCAGCCCAAGAAGAAAAGGACGUCAAUGAUGUCCUUCUUUUCCAAGGUCUCUUGGACACUGAGGUUUCAGAAGCAGGAAUCUCUGAAGAAUGUGUUCUCCAUCUUGGCAGAAAGAGCCCUGGACCCCAAUGCUAAAAAGCGUCACAUGGCAAUGAGAGGCCUGGGAACCAUGGCCUGUGAGACGCCAGACAAGGUGAGAAAGUACAAGAAAAUUGUCCUAGAUCUGCUGGUGCAUGGCCUGUAUGACCCUGUGAGUGCUGAAGUCAUCCACGAGAGCAUGAAGACUCUGACCAUCAUCUUGGGCAAGAUCCAGGGGAAAAGUCUGGGCUCUUUCUUCGUAGACAUCACUCUUCAGACCAGGACUUUGUUAGAUGACGAGAAUGACAACCUGAGAUAUUCAGCCUUCGUCUUGUUUGGGCAAUUGGCGGCCUAUGCCGGGCGGAAAUGGAAGACAUUUUUCACCAGUCAGGUCAAGCAGACUCAAGAUUCCCUCCUGAUACAUUUACAGGACAGAAAUCCCCAGGUUGCCAAGGCUUGCAAAACAACAUUUCGAGCCUGUUCUCCAUAUCUGAAAGAAAGAAAGGAAAACAGCUUCCAGACUGAAGAAGAUCAAAGGAACCCUAAACUCUGCCGGCAGCUGAGCCACUAUCAUCCAGAGCUCCUGCAGUUCCUCUAUGCAAAUAAGAUUCUGUAAACACAGAGCAGCAGGGAAAUUGUUCCAGUGAGCACCUUGCUGGGGGGCUGAUAUCCCCCCUCUUUUAACUCCUCGGAUUCUUCUGCUUGCCUCUUGGGAUUGUAAUAGAAAAUGGGAUGCUGGGAGAACAAUUGAUGGCAAUUGCAUGGAAUUGUAUGAUUCUAUCCAAAGUAAAUUCUAAAUUGCUUUUAUGUAUCUCUUUUCCUCCCCAUACAAAUUUAAUGAGAAGGUACAUGCUUUGUUUAAAACAUUGAAAGCAUAUGUAGAUUCAGUACUUAUUGCUCAGCUUUUUCCUUAAGUUCAUCUGUUACCUUUUAUUUUUUAUUUUAUUUUUAAUUUCUGAGGUUCAGGAGAAUAUUACCUUAAGUUGUUAUGUUUUUUUUUUUUUUUUUAAAUCUGCCAUUGAUACUUUGCAAUUUGUGAUGGAUACCUUUUAUUGGCAGGACCUAUUUAAAGUUGGCCAAGGGACCAAGAAGGGGGUUUGGAGAGUAUCUUUAGCGUCUCAUAAUCUUCAACAGUCAUUGCCUCCAAGAUCAUUCCAAACACAAAUUAAUAAAGAGAAAGAAAAAUCUGUAAAGCAUGUGCUGAAAAACCUCAGGGUAAUAGUAAUGUAUGGAAUAAUAAGUAACACUUAUGGAAAAUGUUUAUUGGACACUAAGCGCUUUGCAAGUAUUAUUUAAUACUUACAACAACCCUAUAAGAAAGAUACUAUUAUUAUCCUCAUUUUCCAGGUGAGAAAACUAAGGCACAGGGAAAUUAACUAGCUUGCCCCAGAUGACCUGGUGAGUGAUGGAGCCAGAAUUCCAGCCCAGACAGUCUGACUUCUGGAGCCUAUAUUCAAUCACCAUGUGAUUCUGCUUCAAUGUGGAGUAAUUGACAGAUAGCUAGAAACAUAAAAAAAAAAAAAAAAAAAAAAAAAUUAAAAACUCCCUCUGCUUCUGCUCUAUUCAACUCAAUUACUUUUUGCUUUUAUAUGUACUAAAUACACAUUUUUAUUAAUUUAAUUUGUGAUCUAAGUAUAUAUUUUUACUUGUCACCACUUGGCUAAUUAUAUCAAUUUUUUGGUGAUCAAUUCUAUUUCUAUGAGGGGUCGCAUGGAUCAUGUAAAAAAUUUCAAGAAAGGGCGCAUGGGUGGCUCAGUCAUUAAGCGUUUGCCUUCGGCUCAGGUCAUGAUCCCAGGGUCCUGGAAUCGAGUCCCACGUCGGGCUCCCUGCUCAGCGGGAGGCCUGCUUCUCCCUCUCCCUCUCCCCCUGCUUGUGUUCCCUCUCUCUGUCAAAUAAAUAAAUAAAAUCUUUAAAAAAAAUUUUUCAAGGAAAACCUCAGUCCUUUUCAACUUCCCUCUAACCAGUUUGCCUCCCAAACUUCUCCUAUAGAAAUUCUGAUAUUAUCACCAAACUUGGCAUUCAGGUCAUACAGGACGACUGUGUCCAGUUUGGGAAAUGGAAAACACAAGAGGGUCAUAAAUGCUGCAGAGAGAUCUUCAUGUUCUGAAAACUGGGAACUCCAUCUUCUGCUCUAGCUCUCCAGAGAUAGGACUGUGUAACAGAGAUGAGGGGGUUGUCUCCUAAGGGAGACAAGAAUAUGGCAGAUGGCAGAAGGGGGAGCAGGAACCAGGCAUGAAUGGGUUUUCUUUCUUCCUAUUUUGAAGCUGGGGUACAUGACCCAGGGGCCCUGGGGAGUGACCCAGGCUCUGGAGCAGGUGGGAUGGUUCUGAGCUGAGAGCCCUCUCCCCCUUCCCAGAUGUUGGCCUGUUUGAAACUCUUUUGCAAGGUCCCUUUAGAAUCUGAGGCAGUUCUAUUAAGGGAUCAGUGAGUGGCCUGAGAAACAAUUGCAUUUUACCAGCAUUCGAAAAAUGCGGAGGUGGAGUGGGGCAGGCAGGUUAUGUGCUCUCGAGUAGAAACAUCUAUGUACUUCAUGCCCCUUAGUUGAAUAAAAUUGUGGAAGAUGCUAUUGAGUUGACUUUAAGAUUUGUGGUAGACUGUUACUUGGGUGGCCUCCAGUAAAUCAUGCUUCCUGAUAUCCAUGCCCUUGUGUAGACCUCUCCCGUUGCCUCUGGGCUGGCUUUGUGACCUGCGUUAACCAUGAGAAUGUGCUGAAAAUACCACUAUGCCAAUUGUAGGCUACUCUUUAAGAGCCCUGGCAGCUUCCUGUUUUGUGCUUCAGGUGAAGCCAGCUGCCGUGUAAGAAGCCAGAUUACCAGGAACAAAGAAGACUGUCUGAGACCACCAUUUUGGAGGGAAGACCAAGCUAACUGCAUGGAAUGCCAAGUGGAGGAGAGCUGAGGAGCCCAAUCCACAAUGAAGUCUGAGGUCCAGACACGUGACCCAAGCUAGCCGUUCUAGCCAGACCCUGGCUGCACAAGCGACACAGCUGACACCAGCUGUCUCCAUGAAGCCCCUCCCAAAUUGCAAAAUUGUAAGCAAGUUAAUCAAAUGAUUGUUGUUUUAAAUCACUAACUUCUGGGAUAGUUUGUCACUCAGCAAUAAGUAACUAAAAGAGGUUCCUUAUCAUUAAUUUUGUUAUUUGGCCAGUUUUGUUUUGCUCUUAAUAAGUCCUCCUUGAGUUUAAACUUUAUUUCUAGAAAGUUAUACUAUGAUGGAAUUCCGUGGUGAGAGCAGGGGAUGCCUUGCUUUUGGACCACAAGCCCUGCCUUGUUUUCUUUUUGUAUCUCACUGGGUGUAUCACAGCACCCAGCGCAUAGCAGAUGAUCCAGAAACAUUUGCUGAAUGACUAAAUAGUUGCAAAUUGUAGCGGGAACAGAGUCCAAACUAGUUUGCUACUCUGGGCUCUCAGCCAUGGGCUCACACUCUUCCUUUCCAGCUUUCUCUUCUGUUACCCUUUUUGCUUUUGCCAAGCUUGGCUCCUCUCUCUUCUUUAAACACUUCUUGGUCUCUUAUGCUCCUUUGCCUUUGCUCAGUCUGUUCCUUUUGCUUUGCAUUCCCUCCCGCCCAGCCAGGCAUACUCACAGGCAUACCCAGACACACAUUUCAGGUGUAUAUCUUAUCCCUUCUCUAAGGGAUCCCCUCAAUCAGGAAAGAGCUCACAUCUCUGAAUUCCCAGAACAUUCUAGCAGUCUUAUGCCACUCAACAUGUUUUAUCUCAUUUGCAAGAUUUUAACCUACGUGUCUUCCCCCCCAUACCCCCCACCCCCGUUCGAGUGAAGCUGCUGAAGGAAGGAUCUUAUCUUGUAUAGCUUUGUAUCUGUCACAUGACCUCAAAGGUACUCAGUAGGUGCUUAGUAAAUAAAUGUGGAUUGGGGAGAAAAAAGUCAGGAAGUCAUCUGAAGCUACUCCUCCUUGGGAGAAGCCCAUUUUGUCAAAUGAGGGCCAUCAUUUCUCUCCUCAUAACCAAUCUGCAGGUGACUUUUAUGCUUGUGUACUUUAAGUACCCCUUUCCCCAUAAGAUGCCUGUUAAUUUGCUAAUAUAAAGGUAAGGCUUUGACAUUUCUUACUUUUAAACUCUAGAUACGCACCAGUUGAGUGAAUUAAAGAAAGAAAAAGGAAUGUUCAGGUGCUACCACGCUAAGUGCUCAGGGUAGAGAUCCGCAUAAAACUUGGUCCCUGCUUUCCCGUUGCCCACACAAUGGGCCUUUCUUAAAGGGAAGGAGAAAGGGGAGAAAGACAAAGAAGGACACUGAAAAUCUAAGAGGUAAUCGGUACUGGUACUCACUGUGAACAGAAUCCAGGGGAAUUCCAGUCCAUAGAGUUGAGCUACAAAAAGCACAAAUGCGUUUUACAAAGAGAGAAACAGUAGCUGUGUGGGACAGCUUGCAGAUAGUGCUAGAAAUAAGGCAAAUACGUAUUUAUGCUUUUCUGCAUUUUCCAAGUUUUCUGCCAUAAGCAUGUAUUACUUUUGUAAUCAUAGAAAACAUGCAAAAAUGCUCUUUAAAAUAAAAAUGAAAUGCUUAUCGGUAUGUAAAGUGGUAUGCUUUGGAAAGCCUGGGAUGGUUAUUGCUCACUCUUGGUAGUACGUGUUUGCCUUUGUCCUUUUGUAACAUUUUUGUUUUAGCCUAUUGAUGACAAAUAAAAUGACUUAUGGUUGAUUAUCAGUGUA